AUGACAAACAAGGCGCCCAUGUCAGCACGGCAAAACAAGAAACAGCGCAAGGGGCGGAAUCCUCAUCAACACCGCGAACGCACAGUCACUACUCUCACAGGUGAUUCAGAUACCGUCUUCUCUACAAACCACAGCAAAAACGAAGACCUCACUCCUACCACAAUGCCUCAUACGUUCAAUCCCGCAAUCUCCGCAGGUUUUGCUUUCAAUAAUCUCCCGGCUAACAUACCUAAGCAAGCCCAGUACAUGACCCAGAGCCAUGUCACUCUUCCUCCAGGGGAAACCGACCUCGAGAAACUUGAAAAUCUCAAGCAAAUAAUAAAAAAUGGUCAACAUGAACUCUACACCACCGUCCCAAAUCCUAUCGCAUUGGCACAGCUUUACUUAGGUGAUAUCGAUUCUGGUCAGCAAAUACCGCAAUUGGUUUCAGGUUCUACUGACGACGCUGCAACUCGGCCCCCUCGUCUCCAAAGCAAGGAUUCGAUGCGUAAGGCAGUCUCAGGCACUGCCGCUUAUAGCAGCGCUUCUCAGAUCUUGGACGAGCAAGCAUCUCAGACUCGCCCAUCUGCCGGUUCUGGUUCGGCCUUCUCUGGUUUCAAGGCUUCAAAUUAUCCUGCCGAAGUCAAACCUCUGAACUCACAUGAAACUCUAGGCGACGAGCCUAUUCAGGAGUCGAGCGUGGACGACACCGCCCCAUUAUCCGCCCGAAUAUCUCGUCCUGAUGAUAACUUCGAACCAAGGUCUGGUGCCGAAAGACCAUAUCCCGACGACUUUUGUGCCACGGAGUUAAUGCAACAAGACUCAGUGACAUUACCACCAUCCAAUGGUUCCAUUCCUCCUUCUACUGGCAGCCGUGGUCGAUAUCAUGAUCCAAGAGAGCACGAUAGAGUGAGGGAGCGAGAGGUCUGGGACCGUGACCGGUCCAACUCCGACUUACGCUAUGGCAAAGAUGAACGGAGACUAUCUGAUGCUCGACGACACGAACUGGACUCAUACUCGCUUCGCAGGUAUGACCCAAACGAGGAAGAACGGCAUCGAGACGAACGAGACAGGCUCAACCCGCGCCCUCUGGACGAAAGUGUUCGUUUCUCUUCGAGGCUGGAGGACAGAGAACGUGAUUUUUAUCCACAUCAGCGACCAGAUGACCGCAACCACGAUCGCAGGGAGUACGUAGAUCAUCAUCAUGGACCUUCCUUUGAUACAAGAGUUCCCCUUACCGACGCCCGUGUGACCAGCAGCCCAUCUCAGAUGCAUCCAUUAUCUUCGUCCUCUACGACCGUGUUAUCUUCAGGACCUGCUCACAGAAAUAGUGUUGAAGAUCGAACUGCUAGACCUCCUUCGAUACCGUCUCCGCAACUGCAGGCUGCUGCAGAGGAACUUCGUGCACCCACUCUCGAAGAACGGAUGAGUACUCGCGUACCAACCCUGAAAGAACGCCUAAGCCAGCCUUCCAUGAGAGGAGGGCCAGCCCAGUCUCAACAAUCUGGCAGUCUACACAAUUCCGCCAAUUCUGUUGCUUCGGCCCCAGGGCGUCAACCCACUCUCGAACAAAGAAUUUCUCAGGGCCCCGGUGGUGUAAAUACCAAUGUCACUGGCUCUGAUGCUUUGAAACGACCCACCUGUCGUGACCUCCGGGACAGAACCCUUAGCGGUCCCGAACAAGCUGCUGGCCCACCGCGGAUGCCUGCAUCCAAUUCAGCAGGACUAGCACCUCCUACGCCUGACGAACGUGGACGAUCGCUCAGUCGCGACUUCAACAGCAACGCACCUACAUCUCCAGAUACGCCUGUGAACACUUCCAGUAGAUAUCCAUCUCGCACUGAUUCUGUGGUCAGGGAAAGUGGAAAUGGGUCCCUUAAUUCCCACGUGAAGUCUAGCUCUGUGUCUGCCGUGGCGAGGGGUAGUUCACCCGCCACCAGCGUUCAAGGUCGUAGCAAUGGACGACAUGAUAAUUACAGGCCUGUACCACUGAGGGAACCUUCAAGGGAGAGGCACUCUGGUACUGUUCCUCCACCUGGAACGAAUGGUUACAUGCCUGACGAAAAGACCUAUCUGGACCAAGAUAGGGAUCGGGAGAGGAUGGAUUUGGAUUCAAGGUAUUCAGACCGGUACAACGGACGUUACUCGCCUCGGGACCGUCCAAGACCCCUCUCUAAUGCAGUUGGAAGAACGUAUCCGUCUCCACCUAAUCAGCCUCCUACACCCUACGAUGAUCGUGACCGGCGCAUGCCACCUCCACCUCCAGCUCCUAGGGACUAUCCUCCCAAUCCCCCUUAUGAAUAUAGUCGUGAUGGAGACCGGAGGAAAGACUGGUCCACAGCUGAGGAAGAUGUAUACUGGAAGUCGUCACGGCCCGCUUACCCUCCACUUGAUAGAGAGCGCUAUGAACGAGAACCCCAGCCGUCGUCAUCGUCAUUACUUCCUCCGCCCUCUCGCAGUGCACUCGGAUGGGAAACUCGCGACGAGCACGAUAGUAGGCGAUCAGCGCAAUUAAAUAUAUACCCUCCAGCAAGAUCUCCCACCCGUGAUCCUCGUCCCAGCUAUGACAGUCGCUCGUACUAUGACAGACCGAGGUACGACUUGGGAACUCCCAACCCACACGGCCACCCUCAGUCUGCUGUUGCUUUGGCGGCAUCCGCUCGUAUCCGACAGAGAAGCCCAAGCCCCAAAAGAUCGGCGAAUCCUACUUUGGAUGACAGGCCUCCUCUGAAGCGGCCCCGGGAUGACUCAUAUCCUAGUGGUCCAGGGAUAUACUCUAGACCAAGAGAAAGUACUUCGUUGUCGGUGUCAGGCAGAUAUCCACCUGAUUAUGACUCAAGGCCUAUACCGUCAGGGGAAAGAGCGGAGUAUAGACGCCCCGAAUAUCCAGGAUCUUAUGACAGACCAAGGAGUCCAGCGAGGAGCGUCGGUGGUUAUACAAGCAAUUACCGUCCUGAUCCUAGAGACGAUAGAAGGUAUGUGCCCCCUCCUCAGCCGCGUUAA